CAUCAGAAGAAGAAGAAUGUAAAUUCCACAUUGCAGAUUGAUCUGAUUUAAUUCGUUUAGUAUCAUCAGUACUAGUAAUAUCAUAUCAUCUAAAAUGGCUGAGUUGGGGUUCAAGAAACAGCCAAAGGGGUUUGCUUCCAAAGCAAUUCACGUAGGUCAAGAUCCUGAGCAAUGGAAUAGUUUAUGCAUUAUUCCACCAAUUUGUAUGAGCACCACCUACAAACAAGAUGGUCCAGGACAACAUAGGGGAUUUGAAUACUCUCGAAGUGGAAAUCCUACUAGAAACGUUCUUGAAAAAUGCUUAGCAUCACUUGAUAACGGAAGGUACGGUUUAACAUUUUCAUCUGGAUUAGGCGCUACAACUGCGGUUCUGACCAUGCUUUCUAAUGGCGAUCACAUUGUAAUCGGUGAUGAUAUUUAUGGUGGUACAAAUCGUUUAAUAAGACAAGUUGCAUCAAAAUUCGGAAUAGAGGCAACAUUUGCUGACCCAACAAAUAUCGAGGAAUUUGAAACAGCCAUAAAACCUAAUACCAAAUUAGCAUGGGUUGAGACUCCAACAAAUCCGACUAUGAAAGUUGUUGAUAUUGAAGCUCUUGGAAAAGUUGUACAUAAAUCUGGUGAUAUUAUAUUUGCUGUAGAUAAUACCUUCUUGACAUCAUAUUUUCAAAGGCCAUUGGAGUUGGGAGCUGACUUAGUAUGCUACUCAUUAACAAAGUAUAUGAAUGGUCAUACUGAUGUAGUAAUGGGAGCUGUUACUAUGAACUCGGAGGUGUUAUACAAUCGCUUGAAGUUCCUUCAAAAUGCUGUUGGUAUUGUGCCGUCCCCCUUUGAUUGCUACCAAGUAAAUCGAUCACUUAAGACCCUAGCUUUACGUAUGGAGCAGCACUUUAAAAAUUCUGUGGCUGUAGCUAAAUUUUUAGAGAACCAUCAUUAUGUUGAAAAAGUUCUCCAUCCAGCACUUCCAUCACAUCCUAACCAUAAAGUUGCUUUAAAACAAACAUAUGGUUAUAGCGGAGUAUUUUCGUUCUACCUGAAAGGAGAGUUAAAAAAUUCGAAUGAGUUUUUGAGAAGUCUUAAAAUGUUUGCUCUUGCUGAAAGUCUUGGUGGCUAUGAAAGUCUGGCUGAAUUACCAUCUAUUAUGACUCAUGCUUCUGUUCCAGCGGAAGACAGGAUAAAAUUGGGUAUAACGGACUCUUUGAUUCGUUUGUCAGUUGGUUUGGAAGACGUUGAAGAUCUAAUUGAAGAUCUUAGCAAUGCAUUGAAAGCUGCUGAAAAGGCAUAAAUCUCUUUCAAAAUGAAGAACAUGGAAAAAUAUUGUAUGGAAAUAUUUACUCGAAAGUCGUAAAAAUAAAUUUUAUACACAUCUUGUUUUCUUUA